AUAAAUGCGGCAUUGGUUUAGGCAAAGAUGGCGACCGGCACAGGCAUGGCUAGAAGACUCGGAUGGAUUACACGAACAGUGAAACAGCCAGCGUACAUGUCCUUCUCUGGGAGAAAAAUAAACCUAUUUAUCCUUAACCGGUUCUGCCACAGAGCGAGGAGCAGUUUGUACGAGCAUGUCCGUGAAGGUUACAGCGACAAGCCGGAGCUGGACAUGCGAACGGUUUGCGAGGAGACCCACAAAGUCAUCGCCAAUGUGGAGCACAGGAAGGGGGAUCUGCAGGGGAACGACGUCAAGAAAAUAGUUUGCGUGUGGCAGGAGCUCCAGUCUGUGAGGAAGGAAAUAUUUGAGCUUGAGGAGGAGAAAAGACUCAUCAGUGAGACCGUCAAAACUUUGGUGAGCAAAAACAACAAGAAAGCCCCCACAGGUCUGCCAGAGUACAGCCAGGCCCUGCAGAGAGGCCGGCAAAUCCGGACCAAACUCAGCCAGCUCAGCCUCAGAGAGUCCCAACUGGACGAGGAGCACUACAGCCGAGCGCUCAGGCUGCCCAACAGCACCCACCCCGACGUGCCCGUCGGAGACGAGAGCCAAGCCAGAGUCCUGGAGCUGGUGGGACAGAAACCAGAGUUUGACUUUCAGCCCCGAGGUCACGUGGAGCUGGGGGAGACGCUGGGUCUCAUCCGGCAGCGACAGCUGUCUCACGUAUCAGGCCACAGGUCCUACUACCUGAGAGGGGCGGGGGCCAGACUUCAGACUGCUCUCCAGAACUUUGCCCUGGACACUCUGCAGCGGCGGGGCUUCAUCCCCAUGGUGGUGCCUGACAUGCUGAAGGGGGCGGUGUUUGAAGGGUGUGGGAUGCAGCCAAACGCACACCGCUCUCAGGUCUACUCACUGGAUCCGGCCCGUUUCCCGGACCUGAGCCUGGCUGGUACCGGAGAGGUUGGGGUGGCAGGCUUCUUCAUGGAUCAUGCAGUGAACUGGAAGGACCUGCCUGUCAGAACCGCGUGCAGCAGCACCUGCUACCGAGCAGAGACGGACACCGGCAGAGAGACCUGGGGGCUCUACAGAGUCCAUCACUUUAAUAAGGUGGAGAUGUUCGGAGUGACCGCUGAUGAGACGGGUCAGGAGAGCGCAGAGCUGCUGCAGGAGUUUGUUUCUCUGCAGAAAGAGAUUUUCUCUGGGCUGGAACUGCACUUCAGAGUUCUGGACAUGCCGACCCAGGAGCUGGGCCCUCCGGCUUAUAGGAAGUUUGAUGUGGAAGCCUGGAUGCCAGGAAGAAACUCCUACGGAGAGAUCUCCAGUGCAUCCAACUGCACGGACUAUCAGAGCAGACGCCUCAAUAUCCUGUAUGAGAAGGAAGAUGGCAGCCUGCACUACGCCCACACUGUGAACGCCACAGCGUGCGCCAUCCCGCGAAUGAUCAUCGCCAUCCUCGAGACUCACCAGACCAAAGAGGGAACGGUGCGCGUUCCUCGCGCUCUGCAGCCUUACCUGGGUCUGGAAGUGAUCCAGAAGCCCAGCUACACUCCGCUCAGAUACAUCGGACCCAACCAGCAUCAUCGACCCCCCAGACCUGCUGCCAGAACCAGAUGAUCCACCUUCCAGCAUCAUCUAAGCUCAAAACCAUCCAUGUGACACAGACAGAAACUUCUGCAUGAAUGGAUGUGUUCACAUUACGACAUUGUUUCUCUUAAACGCUGGGAAUUCAGUCAUAAACACUUUUAUGUUUUUGUCAAAUUAAAAAACUGGGAACCAAACAGUUUUUGUUUCAAUUGGGUGGAGUUAGACUCUUGACGUGCUGGUUCUAAUGAAACUAAAUGAUGUUGAGGUCACAGAAGUGAAGAACAUUCACAUGAUCUGCAUGAGGGAGAAGGUUCUAGAAUAAAAGAAUCUAUACGGAAACACAAUUCAAAAGCAGCAUUCGAUAACAACGAUUGAAUAAGGAUUUAUAUGGCAGGUUGGACUCAGUGGAGAAAGA